AUGAUUGUCUCAUAUCCUCGUCUCCCUCCACCCCUCCAUCAAUCCUCGGCAAUUUCAACUAUACCUCCUGCUUCUACUUUCCUCCUUGAGUUCAUUUCGUUUUUGGCGCUCUACAUUUCGCCCCCGUUGGGUCUCUCGCGAUACGAGCGCACCGCCGCGGGGGCGACUGCUUGGGCCUUGGUGACAGGAUCUAGCGAUGGCAUCGGGCAUGCUUUCAGCUCGGAACUAGCCCGCCGGGGCUUCAACGUCGUGCUGCACGGGCGAAACGCGGAAAAGCUCACCGCAGUGAAAUCGGAACUGGCGUCACAGUACCCAGCGCGCCAAUUCCGCAUCAUCAUCGCGGACGCUUCGGAUCUGUCCAAUGUGUCCUUUCCAGGCAUUGCGGCAAGUCUGUCCGACAUUCCACUCAAAAUUCUGAUCAACAACGCUGGUGCGAUGAUGCCGCGACACCAAUUUGGGCCAGUGGAUUCAUUCACUACAGAAGAGCUAUCCGCCAACAUUUCAAUCAAUGCAACCUUCCCGUUGCUCCUCACUGGAGUGCUUAUGCCGCUUCUGGUAGCGAAUCAACCAAGCUUGGUCCUCAACGUUGGCUCCUUGGCCGAUGUUGGCAUGCCACUCUUCCCGUCAUACGGACCCUCCAAGGCUUUCCUUAUGAAUAGCUCCAUCGAGUUGGGGCUAGAAUCCGUGCUGGAGGGAAGAGAUGUAGAUGUCGUAGGACUGCGAAUUAUGCAGGUGACAGGAACCGGGACAAUGGUGCUGCCGCCCAGUUUCCUGGUGCCUGAUGCUGCAACUUGGGUCCGGGCUGCAUUCGCGAGAGUGGGUUGUGGGCGGCCCACAGUUCUCCCAUACUGGCCACAUGCCGUACAGCUUGCAUUGUGGGAAGCUCUACCAGACUGGGUGAAACGCAAAGCUUUGAUCAGUGCAGUUAAGGAGAUGAGGGAAGGUGAUCCUACUGGGAAAAAGACUGCCGCAGCAGCAGCAGCGGAUUUGCGGAAGAAGGGACUCUGA